AUGAAUACGAGAUGGAGUGAACACGUCCAGCGCAGCGCAGGAUGCGCAUCCCCGGCCGGGGACAAGGUAGAGCAACCCGGCUGUCUUUCUGCUGUCGCGUGUCAGAGAUUUUCCGCGGUGCUGUGGAUUGAUCGUUCCUCUCGCCGCCCUCCUGCCGCCGGUGCCGGUGUAUGAUGGAGAGCCCCGAAGGCUCUGGCAGCGACACCAAACCGCAGAACCACCAGUUGGAGAAGAGGAGGCUGAACCGGGCGCCUUCCCCGGCCAGACCUUUCCUCAAGGAUGUGCACUGUCGCUCCACCAAACCGCCUGCCAUCGUCCCGAAAUCCCCCAAAUUCAACAAGCAGCAGCAGCAGUCCGCCCCGGUGCCCUUGGGCCAUCCGAACCGCAGCUCCAGACGCCACACGCCCGGUGCCAAGGAGAAGCCCGCCACGACGAAAAGUAACACCAAGUCGCCCGUCGUGAAAAAGCCCUCGAAGGUGCCUCAGCAUGCGGCCGUGGAUCCCAGAGCCGCCGGCACCAAACCGGACAGCACCAGCAGCCCCAUCUUCGCCAAAGGCAAGAAGGGGAAACUGGCCCUGGGCCCUCUCGGCCACGGAUCCCCGAUCCGGGUGCCGACCGGAGCGCUCCUCUGCCGGGUCAGCCAGACGGACAGCAGCUCCGACCUGUCGGACUGCCAGUCCGAGCCGCUGUCCGACGAGCAGAAGCUGGCACCGGCUGCUGGAAGCGACGCGGAGUCCGGCACCGGCUCCAGUGACCGGGAUCAGGUGGGAGGGGAUAAUCCUCUGCGGGCAGAAGCCUCCGGAGCGGCUGAUGCUGCUGCUGCUGCUGCUGAUGCUGCUGAUGCUGCUGCUGCGUCUCCGUUGCGCACAACCGAGGCGUCCGCCGCCAAGGGAAGCAUGUCUCAGGCUGCGGGGGCGCACGGAGGGAAACACAAGCAGGAGAAACCCUCGCCAGGUGCACCAUUCCGACUGCCAGGCACCAAGGAUGCGACCGAGGAGGACCUGCUGCGGGAGGUGGAAGAUUUGAGAUCCGAAAACGACUACCUCAAGGAUGAAGUGGAUGAGCUGCGAGCGGAGAUGGAGGAGGUGCGAGACAGCUACCUGGAGGAGGAGGUCUACCAACUGCAGGAGCUGCGGCGAGACCUGGACCGCUCCAACAAGAACUGCCGCAUCCUGCAGUACCGCCUGCGAAAGGCCGAGCAGAAGAGCCUCCGGGUCGCACAGACGGGCCACGUGGACGGAGAGCUGCUCCGUAGUCUGGAGCAGGACCUCAAGGUGGCCAAAGACGUGUCGGUGCGUUUGCACAACGAGCUGGAGAGCGUGGAGGACAAACGCAGCAGAGCGGAGGAUGAGAACGAGCUGCUUAGGCAGAAGAUCAUCGAGGUGGAGAUCUCCAAGCAGGCGCUGCACAACGAGCUGGAGAGGACCAAAGAGACUGCGGCGAGGAGACGAGGAAGCAGGGAAACAUUUAAAGAUAAGAAGUCCACGAGUCAGGAGGACAGUGCAGACCUCAGAUGCCAGCUCCAGUUUUCCAAAGAGGAGUCCGGCCUGAUGAGAAAAAAGAUGGCGAAGCUCGGCCGGGAGAAGGACGAACUGGAGCAGGAGCUGCAGAAAUACAAGUCGGUCUACGGGGACGUGGACAGUCCCCUUCCGCUGGCCGAGUGCCCCGGCGGGGGGCCUCACACCACCCGAGAGGCUGAGCUGCGGUUACGGCUCAAGCUGGUGGAGGAAGAGGCCAACAUCCUGGGCAGGAAGAUCGUGGAGCUGGAGGUGGAGAACCGCAGCCUGCGGGCGGAAAACGAGGACAUCCGGGUCCAGUACGAAAGGGACUGCUUCGGGCGGGAGCCGUUCUCCAGCAUGCCCUCGUCGCCCUACGGCUGCGACGCGCUCGAUUCGGCCAGCGAGCUGCGUCGCCAUCUGCAAUUUGUGGAGGAGGAGGCUGAGCUGCUGCGCCGCUCCAUCUCAGAGAUCGAGGACCACAACCGGCAGCUGACGUCUGAACUCAACCGCUUCAAGUUCGGGCCCGGCAGCGGCAGCGGCUCUGUCGGCGAGGAGGGCGGCGAGGGAGGCCUGUUCAAACCGGGCAACGGAGGAAACGGGAUGAUGAUGGAGGAGCUCAAAGCGGCUCGCAUGCAGAUCAACGAGCUGAGCGGAAAGGUGAUGAAGCUGCAAUACGAGAACCGGGUCCUCGUGUCCAACGUCCAGCGCUGCGACCUGGCCGCACACCUGGGCCUGCGCACCGGCAGCCCCCGGGACAGCGACGCGGAGAGCGACGCCGAACGCCGCGAGGCAGCCGAGGAAGAGGAGGCCGGGCGUCUUCUUCUCCUGCAGCCCAAGAGGGAGGGGCCGAUCGGGGGCGAAAGCGACUCCGAAGACCUGUUUGAGAAAACCGCCACCACCUCGGGGUUCGGAAGCGUCAAGCCGUCGGACGGCAGCGAGCUCAGCGCGGCGGAGAUGGCCAGCCGCAGGAGAGAAGAGCGCGAGUCGUUCACCAACGUGAAGCGCGAGGCGGAUCGGCUCGGGAAGACGGUGGAUCGGCUGAUCACGGACACGGACAGUCUGAUCUUCGAGGGCAGGCUGCUGGUGACCACGGGAGAGAGCCUGGAGGAGGUGGAGGCGUCUGGAUCCAAACCAGACACCCAAGUCCUGGACACCAUCAACACUCGCAUGAAGGCUUUCCGCACUGAGCUACACAUCUUCAUGGAGAAGCUGGACCACGUGGGGGAGGGGCUGAGAGAGAGGACGGACGAUCUGUCCCCCAUGCCGAACCUCACAGAGUCCAGCAGCUUCCUGUCCACGGUCACCUCCAUGUCCCGGGACUCUCCCAUCGGCACUUUUGGACGAGACCUGGCCACAGACUUCCAGCUCCGCGACACGCCUGCUUCUGACCUCCAGUUUCGUCUGGAUCACGAGCGACGGCUGAGAGCAGCGACGGAGGAGCAGGAGGCCGUCGUUUCUUUUCCUCAGCAGGAAGACGAGCGACUGCGUCUGGAGGCCCAGCGCGGAGGUCUGAACCUGCAGGGACUUCAGACCCAUGAAGUGCCCUGGCCCCAGGAGAGAGCCACGCUGCAACAAGAGGUCCGCCUCUUCAGACGCAACAACAUCAUCUUCUACAUGAAGCUCCGGUGGAUCCUCACGCACUGGAGGCUCGGCAGCAAGGACGACUGCGGGGAGGAGGCGGGGAACCCGGAGUUGGAGAAGUUGGAGGGCUUCCCAGAGCUGGGAGUGAUAAUGGAGCAGGCGCAGGGGGAGUCGGAUCAAGAUGACAGACUGUGUUUACCGCAGACUCCCGAGAACGUCCCGGACCCCGGGCCCAUCGUCCCUCUGGCGUCACCCGAUCGACACCCGCAGCAUCCCAGACAGUUCGGGGAGAACCGGCAUGUGCUGCAGGCCCUGCGGACGCUGCUGGAGGAGUUUCAAGUGGAGCUGCGGGAGGAGGCGGCGCGGCGGAGCCAACUGCAGCAGUCCUACGCCAAUGACAAAGCCGCCUGGGAGGUCAAGUGGGCGGAGAUGAAGGGCCAGUUCGCACAGCUGGAGGAGGAGGCACAAGGCAGGGUGCGAGGCGAGGCUCAGGGAGGGGAAGGGGAUCCGGCCCAAGAACCCCAGUGGGCCCUGGAGCUGGAGCGCGAGGAGCACCGGCGCCUGCUGGCCGACAGCCACAGCGCGUCCCUGGACCUCCGCUGGAAGCUGCAGCACGGAGAGAAGAGGUGGAGCCGCGAGAGGGGAGAGCUGCUCGGGUGCUUCGACCGGGAGCGGCAGGAGUGGGAAGCCGGCACGAGGGAGCUCCAACGCAAGAUGGAGAAGAUGCAGAGAGAGCUGAACAGCCGGCGGGGCGAGGGCGCCGACGUCAAAGACGGUGGUUCGGACCACAGAGGGGGGUUCUUUCCUCAGGACAGUCCCUGCAACGCCCCCCGCUCCCCCCGCUCCCCGCGCUCCCCCUGUUCCUCUGCAGCCCUCCCUGCUCACCCUCCCACGCGCUCCCACUCUGACUCUGAGGCCAUGCUGGAGGAGCAGGGGGCCGCGAUGAGGCGGAAGGGCCCGAGGGAAAGCCUGUUCCUGGAUGCGCUGUCUCUGGACCCCCUCGGCGCCCUGGAGGUCCCUUCCCCCUCCAGGCUGGAGAGGGAGAAGAGGUUCCCCUGCAUGAAGGAGGCCCUGAAUGAGAUUUUGGAGAGGGAAGUAGAUCUUGCGAGCCCAGAUGAGGAGAUGGGCGGCGGCAGUCUGCUCAGAGCCAAGUCUGUGUGCUCCAUGAGCGACUUCCAGCGGUUGAUGGACAGCUCGCCGUUCCUCCCUGACAAGACCCGCCACGGCGACCUGGGCCAAGACGACGUCACCCCGCCUCUGUCCCCGGACGACCUCAAGUACAUUGAGGAGUUCAACAAUAAGGGCUGGGACUUUCCGGCGUCCGCCUCCAGCCGGGAUCCUGGCCUGGAAGCGUGGGCGGACAGACCCCCCGAGGCCCGGGGAGGGGAGCUCGUUCUCGAACCAUUCCAGCCGGCCUCCUGGUUCCUCACCACCAGCGCCACCUUGACCACCAGCACCUUGAGCAGCCCCGAGCACUGCCACAAGUCCCCGCUGAGGGGCAACGGAGCGGGGGCGGCAGGGGCGGGAACGGAGCACUACGGGGUCCACAUGCUCCACAGCCCCACCCGACCUGGGGCGGCCGACCGCCCCACCGCCCAAGACCCGGACUUCCUGUACGCCAAAGGGACCAAAGCCAGGGGCGGGGGAGAGGCCGGGGUGGCGGCCGGCGGGUCAGACGAGGUGUUCAGCGGCGGGAGGUGGGCUUGUGGGCUCCUGGAGGGCGGGGGCCUGAGGACUUCUCCUAGCCCGUCUCCUCUCUGCCCCACCGUGGGCUUCACCUCCUCUCUGGAGCUUCAGCUCUCCAGAAACAUGAGCGACGACAUGAAGGAGGUGGCCAUCUCCGUGCGGAACGCCAUCCGCUCGCCGCCGGGGCCCGUCGUCAGGGACACCGCCUGCCAGACCAACGGGUUCACCACGCGAGGCACGCAGACCACUCAGACCAUCAGCGUGGGCCUGCAGACGGACCUGCUGAGGAACCUGACCAGCAGCCCGCACCGCUGCCUCACCCCCAAAGGUGGCGGGACGCCCAUUUCCUCGCCGUCUCGCAGCCUGAGGAAGGUCCAGUACUCCCCCGUCGUGCAGAGCAAGUUUGAGCGGCCGUGCUGCUCGCCGAAGUACGGCUCGCCCAAGCUUCAGCGCAGACUGUCCGCGUCCGCCAAGGCCGAGCUGCCCAACGCCAACGCCAGCCGCGCCCCCACCCCCACCACGCCGCAGAAGGGCAACAGCGAGUCGGCGUGGGCCCGCUCCACCACCACCCGCGACAGCCCCGUCCACACCACCAUCAACGACGGCCCCUCCAGCCUCUUCAACAUCAUCGACCACAACCCCGUGCCCUACGACUCCCUGCCCAAGUUCAACAAGUCGCCGAGCCGCUCUCGCCCCGCCGCCGCCGCCGGCGGCGAGCCGGGCCCCGCCCAGGGGGGCCUCGCGACGGACCCCAGGGGCGAGUGCCCGCGGACGGCCCGCGGGCGCUCGCCCAGCCCCGUGCAGCCGAUCGCGGAGACGCAGGCGGACCGGAGCGCGGAGGUGGCGAGCGCGAGGCAGGACCUGUCGGCGCCGCCGGGCUACUCGCUGGCGGAGAACACCGCCCGCAUCCUGAACAAGAAGCUGCAGGAGCAGGGCCUCAGGGAGGAGCGGCGGCUGCAGGCCGGGGGACAGAGCAGCUACGGCAGGGACGGCAGCAGGCAGGCCGACGCAGACAGAGGACAGUCCGGAUGCUUGGAGGACCUGCCUCGCUCUCCGGUGGCUCCGCCCCUGGACUCCUGUUUCCUGAGACCAGCCCGCCCGGCCAACCGCCGCCCCCCCUCCCGCUGGGCGUCCCACUCCCCCUCCUCCUCCCCCAAGUGGAGAGAGGGCACAAAAAGGAGGUUCACCUUCCCGCCGCCGGGACACCGGGAGGCCAUCGCGGAGGGCGAGGAGCUGGCGUGAGGCCGCCCUCUACCUCCUCUCUCCCGUUUCCACCUCAAAGACCCUGCACCUCAGAACCCCCCCCCCCCAGAUCUAGAUGGGGGCCUGGAGGUGGGGAGGGGGGGCGGGGGGGGAUACACCCAGUAGCACCAGCUGACCAUCGAGGAACCAGAACUAUUUUUUUUUUAGAAGAACCCCUGGAAUGUACUGUAAUAUCAUCCAAAAAUAUUUCAAAAUCACAUUUCCGUAAGAGGUGCCUGCACACGCUUGAGUUCCUCAUGACGCCCCACGUGUGUGUGUGUGUGUGUGUGUGUGUGUGUGUGAACUGUAGGUCAGUUGUAUUUGUAUGAAGUUUACAUGAUUCGUUCUUCUCAUCUGUUUACAUUUUUUGCUUUUACGUUGUCCCACGUCGAUCCGUGUAGAAACUAUUUUUGAGUAAAAAAAAAAAAAAAAACGUCUAUAUUUGUGUUGCCAGCCUUUGGUGCAUGACUUUUUCUGUUUGGAGAGCAAACAAACAAACAAACAUGCUUCUGCUUCAUCGGGUCUGGAGCAGAGACAUGUGAUGUCGUUUCUGAUGCUAAUGUAUUAAUGAUCAGGUGGGGUUGAACCUUUGGCUCUGUAGACAUGUAGAAGGUGGUUGACGACAAACUGAAUAACCUUAUGCAUAUUUGGAAGGCAGUUGUACAAAUAUCGGUCAAAUAUUUGCAUGCCUUUUGAACACUAGCACUUUAGUGCAUGUACAUAUGAGCUUCCGUCAUUUGUGAUCACUCGGCUCCGCUGUGGGGAGGAGGGGGGGUGAGAAAUGUGACGGGAACUCUGAAGCUGUUUUUUUUUGUUGUCCAAAGAAUUGCAUUGACUAAAAUAAUGAGAAUUUUUAUUGUACCUACCAGGCUGUCUUUGUUACCAUUGGAUAUGAAAUACUUUUUCUUUUGUCUAGAAAAAGGGAUUGUGGAAAAAAAAAAAUGAAUGUUUUAAAUGAAAAGUCUAUGUAAAGAAAAAAACUAACGAUCUAUAGUCUUAUGUAAAUACUGGUAAUAAACAUGAAUGUGUAUUUACAAGA